AGCGGCAGCCGGCCGGGCCGGGGCAGCCGCUGUCCUGCUCCUGCUGCUGCUCGGGCCGUGCUCCGCCGUGGAGGAGAAGAAAGUAUGCCAAGGAACAAGUAACAAGCUGACACAGCUGGGGAAUAUGGAGGACCAUUUCAUCAGCCUGCAGAGGAUGUAUAACAACUGUGAGAUAGUGCUUGGCAAUCUGGAGAUAACGUAUGUGGACCGCAAUUAUGAUCUCUCAUUUCUGAAGACGAUACAGGAGGUUGCAGGUUACGUGCUCAUAGCGCUCAACACUGUGGACAGCAUUCCACUAGAGAAUCUCCAGAUCAUUCGUGGAAAUGUGCUGUAUGAUGACUUUUAUGCACUGGCAGUUUUAUCCAAUUAUCAAAUGAAUAAAACCAAGGGACUCAGGGAGCUGCCAAUGAAACGCCUGUCAGAAAUUCUUAGUGGAGGAGUUAAAAUCAGCAACAAUCCCAAACUAUGUAACAUGGACACAGUUCUCUGGGAUGACAUUAUUGAUAUAAACAAAAAACCUCGUCUGGUUUUGGAUCCAUCAAGUAAUCUGGCUAAUUGUCCAAAAUGCCAUUCAAACUGCACAGAAGAUCACUGCUGGGGUGCUGGAGAAAAGAACUGUCAAACAUUGACAAAAGUCAUCUGUGCCCAGCAGUGCUCAGGCCGGUGUAUGGGAAGGGUCCCCAGUGACUGUUGUCAUAACCAGUGUGCUGCUGGGUGUACAGGGCCUCGAGAGAGUGACUGUCUGGCAUGUCGCAAGUUUCGCGAUGAAGCAACCUGCAAGGAUACUUGCCCACCUUUAGUUCUGUAUAAUCCCACCACCUACCAGAUGGAUGCCAAUCCAGAUGGAAAAUACAGCUUUGGAGCCACGUGUGUGAAGAAAUGUCCCCAUAACUAUGUGGUGACAGACCACGGCUCCUGUGUUCGGUCAUGUAAUGUGGAUACCUAUGAAGUGGAAGAAAAUGGUGUUCGGAAAUGUAAAAAGUGUGAUGGGAUUUGCAGCAAAGUUUGCAAUGGGAUUGGAAUAGGUGAACUUAAAGGGAUUCUCUCCAUCAAUGCUACAAAUAUUGACUCUUUCAAAAAUUGUACCAAGAUCAAUGGGGACGUCAGCAUCCUGCCAGUAGCGUUCUUUGGUGAUGCAUUCACAAAAACCAAACCUUUGGACCCAAGGAAACUGGAUGUCUUUAAAACAGUUAAGGAAAUAACAGGGUUUUUGUUAAUUCAAGCUUGGCCUGAAAAUGCCACCGAUCUCCACGCUUUUGAAAAUCUGGAGAUUAUAAGAGGCAGAACUAAGCAACAUGGUCAGUAUUCUCUUGCUGUAGUUAACCUAAUGAUACAGUCCCUGGGAUUGCGCUCGCUCCAGGGAAUAAGUGAUGGUGAUGUGGCCAUCAUGAAAAACAAGAACCUCUGCUAUGCUGAUACAGUGAAUUGGCACAGCCUAUUUGCAACACCUACUCAGAAAACAAAAAUUUCACAAAACGGAGAUAAAACUGAAUGUGCCACUGCAGGACACAUUUGUGACCCCUUAUGUUCAGAUGUUGGGUGUUGGGGGCCAGGGCCCUCCCGUUGCUUUUCCUGUCGUUUUUUCAAGCGUCAGAGGGAGUGUGUGAACCAGUGCAAUAUAAUGCAAGGAGAGCCAAGAGAAUUUGAAAGAGACUCUGAAUGUCUCCCGUGUCAUGCAGAAUGCCUAGUGCAAAACUCAACAGCAUACAAUACAACUUGCACAGGACCUGGACCAGACAACUGUAUGAAGUGUGCCCAUUAUAUUGAUGGUCCUCACUGUGUUAAAUCUUGCCCAGCUGGAGUCCUGGGUGAGAAUGAUACCUUAGUCUGGAAAUAUGCAGAUGAAAAUUCAGUUUGUCAGCUCUGCCAUCCAAAUUGUACUCGGGGGUGCAAAGGGCCUGGUUUGGAAGGAUGUCCAAAUGGCUCCAAAAUCCCAUCUAUUGCAGCUGGUGUUGUUGGAAGUCUCCUUUGUUUGGUUGUGAUUGCUUUGGGCAUUGGUCUUUACCUACGGAGGCGGCAUAUUGUUAGAAAGCGUACACUGCGCAGGCUUCUUCAGGAGAGGGAGCUUGUUGAACCUCUAACACCCAGCGGGGAAGCACCAAACCAAGCUCAUCUGAGGAUUUUAAAGGAAACAGAAUUUAAAAAGGUCAAAGUUUUGGGCUCUGGAGCUUUUGGUACUGUUUAUAAGGGACUCUGGAUUCCUGAAGGAGAGAGAGUUAAAAUUCCUGUUGCUAUUAAGGAAUUGAGAGAGGCUACAUCGCCAAAAGCCAAUAAGGAAGUACUUGAUGAAGCUUAUGUAAUGGCUAGUGUUGACAAUCCUCAUGUAUGCCGCUUGCUGGGAAUCUGCCUUACUUCCACCGUCCAGCUUAUCACGCAGCUUAUGCCGUACGGCUGCCUCCUUGACUACAUCCGAGAGCACAAGGACAACAUCGGCUCCCAGUACCUUCUCAACUGGUGUGUGCAGAUUGCAAAGGGCAUGAACUACUUGGAAGAACGUCGCUUGGUACAUCGUGACCUGGCUGCCAGAAAUGUCCUUGUUAAAACUCCUCAACAUGUGAAGAUCACGGACUUUGGAUUGGCAAAACUACUUGGUGCUGAUGAGAAAGAGUACCAUGCAGAAGGAGGCAAAGUUCCGAUUAAAUGGAUGGCCUUGGAGUCAAUUUUACACCGCAUUUAUACCCAUCAAAGUGAUGUCUGGAGUUAUGGUGUCACAGUCUGGGAAUUAAUGACAUUUGGAUCAAAGCCUUAUGAUGGGAUUCCAGCCAGUGAAAUUUCAUCCAUCUUGGAGAAGGGCGAGCGUUUGCCUCAGCCUCCAAUCUGUACCAUUGAUGUGUAUAUGAUCAUGGUCAAAUGCUGGAUGAUUGAUGCUGACAGCCGCCCCAAGUUUCGGGAGCUGAUUGCCGAGUUCUCCAAAAUGGCUCGAGACCCGCAGCGUUAUCUUGUUAUACAGGGAGAUGAAAGAAUGCACUUGCCAAGUCCUACAGAUUCUAAGUUUUAUCGCACCUUGAUGGAAGAGGAGGACAUGGAAGAUGUUGUUGAUGCAGAUGAGUACCUCAUUCCACAGCAGGGAUUCUUCAACAGCCCUUCAAUAUCCCGGGCUCCCCUCUUGAGCUCAUUGAGUACCACCAGCAACAAUUCAACCACAACCUGCAUUGAUAGAAAUGGGCAAGGGCAUCCAGUGAAGGAAGACAGCUUUGUCCAGCGGUACAGUUCAGACCCAACCGGCAUUUUCUUGGACAAGAGCAUAGAUGAUGGCUUCCUGGCUGCCCCUGAAUAUGUAAAUCAGUCGAUCCCGCAAAAAGCAACUGCCUCUGUGGUACAGAAUCCAAUCUACAACAACUUAUUGCUCCCAGCAAAUUCAAAGCCCUCUACAGACUCCAGAUGUCAGAAUUCCCACAGCACAGCAGUGGACAACCCAGAAUAUCUCAACACAAACCAGUCUCCUUUUGCCAAAACGAUUUUUGAGAGCUCCCCUUAUUGGGACCAAACUGCCAAUCGCCAGAUAAAUCUGGACAACCCUGACUACCAGCAGGACUUUUUACCUAAGGAAACAAAGCCUAAUGGCCUGUUUAAAGUUCCUGCAGCAGAAAAUCCUGACUACUUAAGGGUAGCAACACCAAAAAGUGAAUAUAUUGAAGCCUCAGCAUGACCACAGAGAAUCCCUUCUUGCAGUAAUAAGAAUGGAAAUCCAGGUGAAUACUUUGACUGUUGCAAGAUAUGAACAGGUAGAACAGCAUCCACAAUGCACGCUUUUUCCUUUCGAGCAUGUGGGCUGAGUUCACCAAACUCAUUUUACAGCAUAAGGUGGGCCUUUCCUUGCCCAUUUCCAUACGUAACUUAGGCACAUACCAUCCACUUGUAUGCAUGUUGGGAGAAAGCAAAGACUUCUGCAAAUAAGAAAUUACAGGUACAUUCCUUUUGUUUUCAAAUGGUAGCAUUAUAAAAAGCCAUUUGGGGAUGAAUGUUAAGAGCUGUCCUCAUUGUAAAGUUGAAUUCCUUUCUACAGUGCACAUUUUUUUGUAAACUUUUCUGUCAGGAGUUUUUUGGAUCUCUGAGAAGAUCACAAGCUUGUACUGUUGGACGGUUGUGUGACCUUCAGAUAGCCAGAAAAGGAAAAGAGCAAGACAUUAUUUAAUACUGUAAGAAGAGUUUUGCAAAGCUUUUGGAACAUCAGUAGUUGUUCCAAGUAAUUGCACCUUGGAUAUUGGCUCCAUUUCCUGCUUCUUCAUACAACCAGGGAGAAGAAAACAUCUGGGAGAACUGGGGAGAUUCUGCUCAGUAAGGUGUUUUUUAAUGGAACAGGUUGGAUGGCAGCCCACAUUCCCUACUGACCACUACUGUUGAAAACCAACAGGGAGAACUCAGCACAUAGAAGAGUUGCUUAUUAAGUGCUUGCUAGGUUAUUGUCUGUAAGGUGAAUACCAUGCUUUCAGUCUGUUCCAUUGUUUAGCUCUAGACUUGUCAAACAUUACACUUUUUAAAUGAGACUUUUAAAGAUGUUGCUGAAACUGAAAAAUGAAGAACCAAAUUCCCUUCAACUCAACCUUUAUUGGGCAAACCUGCUAAAUGUCAAGGAAAUGCAAAAAGUUUGUAAGUGGAAUCAAAAGCAAGACAGCAAGUGAUUAGAAUACAAAUGGGCAAAAUUUAAACUUGGCAUGGACAAAAAUGCAAAAAAUUUGGCCCAGGAAAUAAGUUGUUUUUUUUUUUUAAAUAGCUCAAACAAUUAAUCCUUUUCUUGUAAAAAUAAAUUGGUAAAGAAAGGAUUUAAAAAUGCAUGAGCAUUAUUAUUUAAUUAUGUAGUUAUUAAAUUGUUUAUUAUUAUUAUUAUUAUUAUUUAAAAAAUAACCCCAUUGCAGAGGAAAGCCAUAGCUGAGGCACAACAGGGGAACAGUUUGUCACUUAGUUAUCUACUGUGUUAAGCUCUCCCUGUCCUGGGAUUGGAAGGAAUCGGAGAAACAACAAGAGUAUAACUCAAAACAUGAAUAGAUUUGAUCCAUUUGACUCUUCUGCCAUGUAAGGCUAGAGAAAAUUCUAAAGGAGUCUAUGCCUCCUUUGAUAAUCCCAGCAUGAAUGUCUGAUGGUCACAGUGGAAUAGUCAGUCAUUCCAGGUAAAUAUUUGUCUUGAUAAGAAAAAUAUACCUUAUAUUGAUUUUUGUAUAUAAAACUUACUAUACCAGAAGCUACCUAGAUUGCCAGAAGCUUCUUUGAUUGUGUGUAGGCUGGGAGGGAGAACUACUUCCAGAACUACUGGAAACUUGUCAGUAUUUUUUGUUAAUGUUUUUCCGUAUCUUGUUUGAAAGGAGUAGGGAAAAAUAAUACUGAAAGCACCCAUUCCAAGAAUAAUAGUAAUAACGAGACAUCUCCCACCUUAUUUGGAAAGUGAUACAACCGGCUGCAAUACUGUUGGUAUGUAAAACUAGGAAACUGUCAAAAUAUACCAUGAAUAUAAAUUGAAUUAUCCUGUUUUGUAGAAUACUGAAGUGUAGCUUCGCACUGAUAACCUGCACAGAUGCAGUAAAGUGUCGAGAACAAUCCAGAAUCUGGUGCAAGAAAGGAAAUAUGGUUGACAGUCAUGUGUUGUCCUAUCCUUAGGUAUAUCCCUCUCACAAUGACUGAAUCCCAGUCAGAGCCUUAUAGGGAAUGCAAUGUCUCACUUUGAUUCUUAUCUCAUUUUAUUUAAAGCAUUAAAUAAAAUUCUGCUCUCCAAUACAAAUUUACACUUGUAUAUCUGAGAACAAAAUUCAGUGAAUUGUGUUGUGAAAAUGCAAUAGAUGCAUGUUACAAGACAUUUUCUUUUUUCAUUAACAGUCUCAUAGGGUAAGGAUAGAUGUGCAUAAAAGAUUGUAACAGAAGCCAUAAACAGUUAAUUAGCAUGGUAAAUCUAUUGCAUCUCCCAACAAUAUAGCAUAAUACAAUAUUAUGUAUUUCAUUAUAGAGUCUUUAGUAUACCACAGAAGGAUUAAGGGUUAAAAAUGUUAUUUAAAAACAAUACACACUUAAGAUGUAGCACGAUUUUAGCAGCGUUAUGUAGCAUGGAAACUAUUUAAUACAGGUUAACCUCCCUGUACUUUUAAACAAGGGUUUUAUAACAUAGCUACCUUUAAAUCUGAGUCAUGUAACUCUGUUUAUUCAGAGAGUUUCAGAAAUUUAAAGUUGAGUUGUUCUUCUUUUUUCUUUAUAUUCUUUUUAAUCAGAAACUCGAUAUAUAUGUGCUACCUUCUCAUGCAGAUAUUCUCUCUAGUUUAUGAACUAUCAACCUAUGUCCUGACUCCAAGCUUACAAACUAGCAGUAUUUUAAAACAAUGUUAAUAAAUAAACAUCAAAUAAGCCAUGAUUUUUCUAAUAGGCAGCUCAUCGCUUACUUGAUGCUUACAAAUGCAUGUGACACAGCACUGGGUGCAUCAGGUCGCAUGCGAAGCAGACUUAAUUAAUCGAGUCUGCUCCGACAUGCUAGAUCUUCAUGCCCCCCUCCCUUCCUUGCUAUGCUGGAUACCCAGACACCCCUGCUACUGCACACCCCUACUAUUGCUCCCGGUGCCUCCCCACUGCAAACCAUGCUCCCAUGUCCCAACUUGUCAUUAGCUUUCCAGCUGUGAGCUUCCCCACUCCACCAAGGCACUCAGGCUUGCUGGGCUACAGACUCCCCCAGCACUGACAGCUCUGCUGUGCCACCUUUCCCCCUUGGGCAGGGGCAAAAGCAAUCAGGAGAGGCUGGAGAGCAGGAUCCUGGACACCUCAGCUACUGUUGUAGCUGGAGCAAUGGGGCGAGCAGCAGCCAGGUAGUAUCGGGGGGGUGCAAUUUAACCCCUUGUGGGCCAGCAGUUAGACAGCUCCAUAUGAAACUAUUUCCAAUGCUAUUUAAGAAUAUUAUUGUAAAUAAAUGGUGUAAAUGAUCUGUUUGUUGUACUUCAGCCCAACAGUGAUGCCAAGCAGGGAUCCUGCUUAGAACCGUAGGUAACUGAAAGAAUAAAACGUGGCUACAUGCCCACUUCACAGUUACGGGAUUUUGCUAGAUGUGCUAUUCUGUGAACUCAGGCCACUAGAGGGCAACAAUAAGCUUAAAUCCCCGAGUGCUGGUAAAGGAGAAUGUUUUUACACUAUUUAAUAUGGAAGGACUUCCUGAUUUUGAUGAGUUGGCAAUGAUAUUGAAUUGCAAGAUUAGCAGAAAAGAAGCACCCCUUGUGUAAAGGUUUAUUAUAAAUAAAACAUUUUCUAAAUACUAGAAUUUUAGAGACCAAAGCAACUUUAAGAGGUCUUGUAUUGCCUGUUAACAAGAAAAAAUUGCCUAAACUAUGAGAUCCUGCAGACCACAACAGAUUUUGUAGAAUUCCACGUCAGAAGUGUUUGAAGUAUAUUGGUGACGAUGUUUUUCAAUGUAGGGAGGAAUGCUGCUGGUGAAGAGUAUAUGUACUUGAUAUUUCACAACCUGUAACAAUUCAACUAUUUUAAAAAAUAAUUUCACAGUAAAACCCUACACACACAGAUCAUUACAAAUUCUGAUCAACUGCAGAAUGCCAAGUAAUCCAAGAUGAAGUCAUAAUCUUCACAUCAGUUUAGUCUUGUUCAGCGUUUUUGCACACUGCCCAGCUUAGAUUGGCUUGAAAUUGCUUUGUUUGAACUAGGAGAGUUGGGUUGGGAAAUGUAGUUAAAGUGAAUUCACUGCCAAGUUUGAUGCCUUAGGCUACAAACAGACAUCGCAUUUAUCCCAGGAUAAAUCCUAAAACAGUUUACUAGCUAAGAAGUACUAACGGUUUAUCCAAGGAUAUUGCAGAGUACAUGCUGGGAUUACAUCAAAUGGUAGAAAAGCAGUGCUGCAUUCAGCCAGUCAGUAAACUGUGAUCAGAAGGACAGCACGUACAUGCCAAUCCUGGGAUAUGAGUCAAACAAGUUGAGCACUUCAUAUUGGAGAGUACCUGAGAUAUCUUGAGUCUGAGCGUGACUCACAACUGUCAGCAAGACAUUUUGCAUUUCCUGACAAGCAUGCAUUUUUCAGAGUAAAGUUCAACAUCUGCUAUAGCACACAAGCUGCUACCUCUUCAAUGUCAGUGGUUAAAACUGCUCUAGCUUUUUUCUUUUUUCUUUUACAUUUCUCUGUGAGAACAUUUUAAUUGAGACAAAGUAAUCAUGUGUAUUUGUAUUCCCCCUUCUUAUUGAAAAUGUACACUAAUGAAACCUUAAACUCUGUAUAAUAACACUGCCAAGCAUGACAUGUUUUAUAGUGCUGUUAGAUCACCACUAAACCAGACUUUUUGUACUGAAAUCCCUGUUUUCUACCUUUGUUUCCUCAUCGUGUUUGGUUUCUUCUGCGCUCAAACUUACAACUUGUUAAGAAGACUUUAAAAAAAAAGAAAUAGAGAAAAAAAUAAUUUAUAUAAAAGAAAAACAAGACAUAUUUUAAUAGCUUUUUAAACAGGCUGCAUUUAGGACCAAAGAUAUAAUGUCUUAUUUUAUUGCUUUAAAUGAACUGACUGUAAAUUCCACAACAUCUUAUCUAGGAGAGUGGGGAAGAACAGGUCCCUGGCGCUAGCCCUGCCACACAAUAUGCAGGAAGUUCUGCUACAAGGUGUGGGUCUCAGCAUGAAAAAAGACUUGCCAUACAAAUGCAGUCUGGAGAAUUGGGACUAUGUAGGACUUGUGCCAAAUCUGGAGCCUUGACUCAAUUUUGUCUCAAAAAAAAUCUACUCAGAAGAAGAAGAAAAACUUUCAUUGAAUUUAAUGGGAUGUUUGUCCAAUUAAGGACUUGAGUGAAAAAUGAAUAAAGUCGGCUUUGGCUCAGUGUCAGGCAAAAUAUAGAUUUGCAGAGGGUGAGUGAUUUACAUCACUGCUUUUUAGGUAUGUGGGCAGACAAUAAGACUAGAGACUCGCAAGCAUGUUUUUGGCUAAAUAUUAAUUAUGGGGGAGCUCAAAACAUGAACGUUUCAUGAGAAACGUCUGUUUCCCUGCCAUUCCUUCUGCCUGCUUUGGAUGCUGUACACAAUUUGAGGGCUCCUACUUCUCAUUAACCCUAUGGACUCAGAAUUAUAGUUGGAAUUUUCUAUUAAUAUUAAUGGCAGUCAGUGCACAUAUAUCCUUUAUCCACCUAAAUGGAAAUUGGUACUUGCAUGGUUCAGAAGGCUGGAAUAUUCUUAGGCUCUGAUACAGUCAAUGCACAGCAAUCACUCAGCAAUAUCUUAAUUAAGGAAAAAUGUUUUUUAAGACAUAAAAAGAGUAUCUGGAACAUGGCUGCCCAAAACCACAUAAUAUAUUGAGCCAAAUCUCAGUCCAACUAAAGCCAAUGAAGAAAUGCCUUAAGCCAGACUGCGGUCCUUUAUGUUUUGCUGUUUUCUACAUCUUGCCCUUACCCUUUUCUAACUUCAUGGUGGUAAAAGAAGGGCAAGGGGGCAUGGAUAUGGGCGUGACACAGAGGAAACUAUGCCACCUCAUUGUAACGCCUCUCUACUAGUUUCAUGAGGGAUUUAUCUACAUGUAGCAAUCAGUGUAACCAUCUUAACCCUCCCAGUUGUCCUGGAGUUUGCCCAAAACAUCCUUUUAAUAUUUUAUAAUCAAUCUGAAGGGUAGAGAUUUUCCAAAGCCAUCAGUGUUGCUUUGGCAGUUUGUGAAAGGGGUUGUGUGAAACCGAGAGGCCUGUGAUAGCUGGGGCUUAUGUUCCUAAUUCUGUACCCACUGAAAUCAGUAGGAGUUUUAGCACUGUGUUUGUACUGCAUCGAAGCACAAUGAAACUAAUGUUAAAUGGUUUUGAAAAUCCUUCCUUCCCACUACACAUAGAGAUCCUAUGGAUCCAAUGCCCAUUUUAAGCUGGUCUUUAAUAAUGCAAUCAACUGAGCGUGAGGAAUAAUGUCUUGGUUUUAACGUACUCUUAAGCAAUAUCUCUAUGGGUAUAGAUGGUACCUUUUCAUAAUUGUAAAAGUUUUCCAACUAUGGAAGCAUUGUUUGUACAAAUAAACACUGUCUUUUUAUAUGGUUUCAUGAUUUAUACUAUUGAUUAAAGAUUGUUUGUAUAUUGAGCGAUAAAAAUAAGGUGUAUAUUAUUCUUUUAAAUUGUUUUUAAUUUUUGAAGUGCAUUUAUUGUAAUAUACUGUUGCAUUGUGGGGAUCAUGUUGGCUGGUUUGUAGGGUAAUUAUCUGUGGAUGAGCUAACAGUAAAGGUUCUUUACUGAUAGACUUUGAAAUGUAAAAUGGUGUCACCAUGGGGAUUUAUCCAGAGCCUAGUGAAGCUGAUAACAUAAGGUAUCUACUCUCCCUCUAGUAGUUUUUAGCUCCCCUUCUGCCCAUUUUUUACUAUUGGUGUUUCAUAGUGUGAGAUAUGAUACCAGCUACUGUAGAUGCAAUAAGAAACCCCAGCUGAUGUUUAUCAAGGUGUUGGUGAAAUGUACCCUCCUGAAAUGGAGAGCCAUAUCUCACUUUAAUUUACCACAAGCAUAGAUACCAAAUCAAAGCAACCCCUUGCUUUUAAGUUCUUAGGUAUUUUACUGUUGGCCAUUUAGAAGUUAGGUGCAAUUGUGAGUUGUACAACAGAAGUGUAAGGUGAGGGGGUAUAAAUAUAUUUAAGAAAACCACAAUCAUUAAAAGACUUCUGUACAUGGGGGAUUAAAUAAGAAAAUGAAGAAAAAGAAAGUAAAGAAAAUAAAAUGUAGAACCUACCACACUGAGCAAGAGAAUAAUGGGUCGUGUGUAACAAAGCAAUGAAAUCUGUAUGGUAAUACAGUAAGGAGAAGAUGUGCCUGUCAGUGAAAUAAUGGGAACACUAGGAUUGCAAAAAUAAUGGGAAAUGCUGUCAACUAAUCCUGUACAAGGAAGCCCCAGGGUCUUCUAUAUACGUGGCAUAAAACAAUCCAAGAUGUGUAAAUCUCCCUUGAGUGUAAAAAGUUGCACAGAAGGAUCAAAGGAAGCACAUAGUCCUAAAUGUAAUGGAGAUUUCCAUCAGGUUUAGAAAAGGGAGCAAAAGCUAUUCUGUAAUCCUUUAAAAGGAAAAUACCUUUUUGUUGCAGAGAUGGUAAAGAACAGCUAAUUUGGAACUGGGAUCAUGAAGCACAAGAUCAGCCUGGAUAAGUCCCCUUUCAAAUGACUUGUAAUUUAAAAAAAUUUUUUUUUGCUUUAUACGUAAAUUUUGUACACAGGAAAAAGCCACUACAGCACCUCAACAUUAUUUUCUUUUCAUCUGAUUCCUUCCAAUACUGCAUGUGGAACCACCUUGACAUAUUUUAUGCAGAAACUGUCUAGUCUUAAAACACCUAUUACGGAAAUGUCUAAUGCACAUUAAUGCAUGAUAUUUUUAUUUUAAUAAAAUUAAUUGAAUAUA